GGAGACUGUUGUCCAGCUCAGUCAGGAGGGACAGACCACUGUGAUUUACAAAAAGGUGAAGCAGAACCAAGUCGGCCAGCAUGUCUCUCUACACAUGCAUUUUUAACCAAUGGUUACUGAGAGUUUUGAGAAUGUGAUUUGGGGGCUAAACAAAUGCAGUACUGCAAUUUUUUUUUUUGAAGAAUUGUUGUUGAUAUUCUGAGUUACAUCAGCCCACCUUGGAUCAACAGUCAGCUUUCUAGGCUUUCUGAGUUUCCCAGCGAAAAGGCCUGAUAGUGGAUAUGCAGCCUGGGGUUCAGGUGUGUAUGCCAGCUGCUGCGAUGCUGGGUGUGCUGUGCCGAGGCUGCCUCAGCAGGACGCAGCAUCAAACCAGUCGCAGCUUCAACUCUUGGCCUAGGAGGAUGAGUAGAUGGAACAGUCAGGAGUCCUUAAGCACUGAUACUCAUCAGGAAAGUCCACGUGUACUCAUCACAGGUGGUUUGGGGCAGUUGGGUGUGGGUCUAGCUGAGAUGCUGAGGAGCCAGUAUGGACCGGAGAGCGUAAUCUUGUCAGACAUCAAGAAGCCCCCAUCGCAUGUUUAUGCCAGUGGCCCGUUUGUGUAUGCCGAUGUGCUGGACUACAAGCGCCUCAGAGAGCUGAUAGUAAAUAACCGCAUUACUUGGCUGGUCCACUACAGCGCCUUGCUUAGUGCUGUGGGUGAGGCUAAUGUGGCUUUAGCCCGAAAGAUAAACAUCACAGGUCUACACAAUGUCCUGGACCUGGCCCUGGAGAACUGCCUUCGCCUCUUCGUCCCUAGCACUAUUGGAGCAUUCGGUCCUUCUUCUCCACGGGAUCCUGCCCCUGAUCUCUGUGUCCAGCGUCCGAGAACCAUCUAUGGAGUCUCUAAAGUGCACGGGGAACUGAUGGGAGAGUAUCUCCAUCAUAAAUAUGGAUUGGACUUCCGCUGCCUGCGAUACCCUGGGGUUAUAUCAGUCAACACUCCUCUUGGUGGAGGAACAACAGAUUAUGCAGUUCAGAUCUUCCACGAUGCUCUCAGCACAGGUCACCAUGAGUGCUACUUGAGACCUGACACCCGACUUCCCAUGAUGCAUAUCUCUGACUGCCAUCGCGCCACCAUAGAGUUUAUGCAAACUCCAGAGUGUCAGCUGUCUUUGCGCACUUACAACAUAGCUGCCAUGAGCUUUACCCCACAAGAGUUGGCCCAAGAAAUCCGCAAGCAUCUCCCAAACCUUAAGGUCACCUACAAUCCAGACUCUGUCCGCCAGACAAUUGCAGACAGCUGGCCUGUAAGAUUUGAUGACUCCAACGCCAGGAGGGAUUGGGGCUGGGCUCCAGCCUUUGGGCUCGAUGAGAUGGUGACAGAUAUGCUGUGCUCUGUUAGAGACAAGAGGACCAGAGAGGGAUUUCCAGUCAGCUAGCACUGCCUUUUCAGCAGCAGAGAGACAAAUGCUACACCACUGCAUUUCUUCAGCCUGCAUUUACCCAUAUGCUUGCUCUUACUUCACUUUGACACAGCAUCUGUCUUUUACCAGUAGCUCCAAGUCAGAGCCUUACAAUUUACAGUGGAAACAGAAAUGUCUCAGUCUGCUUCAGGAAAUCAUGCACUGUUUAAGCUUUUUAUCAUAUUUGUUUUGUGUAACGUCAUAAGCUUCUCUUUACAUAUGAGAAAGUAACCAUUACUAUCAAUUCUUCACAUUCUCAUACUUUGCUUUAGCGCCAUUGAUCUUUCCAUGCAGCACUACAUCACCCUUUGUGUUACAGUGUAUGGACCAGCUGCAGCCUUCAGAGUAACCAAACCAUUGUUUAAACCAGAAUCUUCUGGAAUGGCUGCUCAUCUAACUCUGGACUGUAUUUACCACAAUGUUCAUUAUGUCUCUCUGUUCACUCUUUCAUGAUAUUAAUAAUAAAAUUAAUAGACCCUCGAUGUAGAAUCUUUGACAGGAGAUUAUUUGAUUUUCUUAGACAGA